AUGCAGGAUGCAGAAACCAUGAUGGGAGAUAAAACGGUUGACGUCAGGAAUGCUAAGCCGAUAUUAGACUUACGCCAUGUCUUGGUGAUGGGCAUCAUUGUGGUUGUUAUUUCAAUGCUCCUGGACUGCUAUAAUCAUCUAAUAAAAGAUCACUGUCACUUUGAAGAGCUGGAAGAACAAUUGGCAACGGUGCACGAGCUUGUAGAGAAGCUGACCAUGGCACAGACAGCUGAGAAUGAAACUGAAGGCAAUCGACUCAACGAAUCGGCCGAAAAAUAA